GAAGAAAUGUGACUGUUGCCUAAUUGCCCAUCUCAUCUAUCCACUCUAGCAGAGGAACGAAACGACCUGGGAUCGAGGACGCAAUUUAUCUGGUCUGCAUCCAGAUUGCUCCCAUCUGUGUCUGCCAUAUGCAAGCCACGCGAAACACGCAUAACAUUUCAGGCUGUUGUUCCAAGGCUAAUUUCGGACACCGCUUUGAACCCGGUGCAGUGUUAGGGUGAGUUGAAUGUGCAGCACCAGUACACUACAACUUUGACAGAGUUCAGUUACUAAAUGCGCAUAUUGAUCAAUUCACCAAUACCAUUUGUUCUCUAACUGGGAGUUAAAGUUAUGGAUUCAAAAGUGGAUAACAGGGAGAGCAAGGCAGCGCUCCGUCCAUGCGUGCCCAGGUCCCUUCUCAUGCGCUGUCUGGUGGGGUUCCCUACGGUGGUGUGUUUCAUGUUGUCCGUGAGCUCCAUAGCCGUGUGCCUGCUCAUGAGCUUAAAGACUUACCAACUGGAGAACCGACUGCAUGCGCUGGAGAUGGAGAAAAACACAGUGUUCAACCCGCCGGAGAGCGCCUUCAUGCGCGAGGAUGGGACUGUAAUACCGACGCUGAGGAGAUCUAUCGAGACGCUACUGCAAGAGAGACUGAGUGAAGUGAUGCCCAAGCUGCGCAUGGCGAGGGACAUCCCACAAGAGUGUUCCUGCCCACCAGGUCCUCCUGGAAAGCGUGGAAGGAUGGGCAGAAGAGGUGAUACCGGAGCUCCAGGCAAGACUGGGAGAGAUGGAUACCCGGGCCCGCUUGGCAUGGAUGGCAAACCAGGUCUCCCCGGUCCUAAAGGAAGUCAGGGACCAGCGGGACCCAAGGGAGAUAAGGGUGACCAAGGAGAUAUUGGUCCCAGGAUGGUCUUUCCCCGCUAUGACCAUGGCUUUAUGUCUGGUGACCAGUCCAACUUCCAGAGACGCUUAAUAAAGGGUGACCAAGGGUCUCCUGGCCCCAGAGGCCCUCCUGGAAACACGGGAAAAGACGGGCCCCGUGGCCCGGCUGGAGAACAGGGUUUCCCUGGUCGCGAUGGUAUGGAGGGCCAUGCAGGGUCACCUGGAAAGCCAGGUGAAGAUGGUGAAGCAGGAUACGCAGGACCACAGGGACCCCCAGGGUCAAAGGGCCAGGCUGGUGAGAGGGGCAUGGACGGACUCCCUGGGUUUAAGGGAGAUAAAGGAGAUAUCGGAGAGCAAGGAGCCCUGGGAGACAUGGGUUACCCUGGUGAGAAAGGGGUUCCAGGCUCUACUGAGGUCAUUGACUUCAAUGGGAAGCUGCUAGAAGCCUUCCAGGCCAUCCAGACCAUCAGUGUCAGGGGCCCACCAGGAUUACCAGGGUCCCCAGGUGGAAAGGGAGAGCUAGGCUUGCCUGGACCAUCUGGACUGGAUGGGGAGAAGGGUCCGAAGGGAGAUAUGGGGGAGACAGGCUCAAUCGGAGAGAAAGGAGAGAAAGGAGAGAUGGGUCUCUCUGGGCCAGGGGGAAUAGACGGACAGAAGGGAGAGAUGGGAGACUCCAGGCUGGAAGAUAACCUGGUUCAGAUGAUUUCUCAGCCGGGCCCUCCCGGCCCCCCAGGACUCCCCGGACCUCCAGGGUACAUGGGUCACCAUGGAAUGCCUGGCCCUAAGGGAGAGCCUGGAGACAGAGCUGAAGGGGAAAAGGGAGACAUUGGACCUGCUGGACUGAGGGGUAUGGACGGUCCUCAGGGUCCCCCUGGUCCCACAGGAUUGGUAGGUCUCCCAGGCACAAAAGGAGAGAAGGGCAAGUCCGGGGAGCCUGGAAUGGAUGGUUUCCCAGGCCUGAUUGGUGAGAAGGGAUCCCGGGGAGACAGAGGAGACAAGGGUGACCGGGGGACGAUGGGGAAGAGAGGUCUGAAGGGCGGGAAGGGGGAGCAGGGUCCUCCUGGACUGGACCAGCCCUGUCCUGUGGGUUCUAAUGGGACUAAAGGACUUUCUGAUGAAGGGGUACAGUCCACCCCUCCUCCUCUUCCUCCUUCUGGCCCUGAGCCCCCCUGUCCUUUGGGGCAAGAUGGACUGCCCAUACCAGGAUGUUGGCACAAGUGAUGACUAACAUCAAGCGUGGCCACUGUACAUAUUGAUAUGGUAUAUAUUGCAACUGAAUACUACAUUGCUUUUUUGUUAUUUUUUGCCUUUUUAUGGAAACGUUUUAUAUAAUAUAUUGAGCUUUUUUAAAAACACAGACUUUAGAUGUGAAGUAAAAUGUAGUAAAUGGAACACAGCCAUCUUAGAGCAACAACGGGUACGAGAAAUAUAGGAGCAAACAGACUCCUAACCUAACAGACAGACAGACUGAUGGGCGGAUGGACGGACAGACACACAUGUUGCUGGAGGGUUGAUGAAUAGGGAGAGUGGGUAAUGACUGCCUUACUAAUGGAGUCUCGUCUGCCCUGUUGCUGCCUGGCCCUGUUGCUGCCUGGCCCUGUUGCUGCCUGGCCCUGUUGCUGCCUGGCCCUGUUGCUGCCUGGCCCUGUUGCUGCCUGGCCCUGUUGCUGCCUGGCCCUGUUGCUGCCUGGCCCUGUUGCUGCCUGGCCCUGUUGCUGCCUGGGGGUGUGUGCUUGCUCCUCUCUGCUCGGUCCCAUGGAUGGACAGACCUCCUGGUGUUAUAGACAGAGGAGUGUAGGUCAGUGCUCUCUUCUCCUCUCUCUGUUUUUGAAAGGAGGAGACAGAAGCUCAAACGCAAAUGUCUCACUCUCUCACAGCCCUGAGGGGAGAGCAGGUCUGGAGGACAGAGAGAAGACAUGGGAGAGACAGACAGACAUGAGAGCACAAAGGACAGACAACCUCUAGAGAGUGACGGAACGGUUCUGUGCCAUUCAGUUCCAUUCGGAAUACUGAGAUCCUGUGUUAUGGAAACACACCAGGAGGGGGCGACACAGAACACUGCAUUUCCACCUUCACUUGAAGAGUGAUCUCACCAAUAAAUUCAUCACACUCACUGUUGGUUCUGGGCUACAGAGGCAAGGAUUUACCUAUGAUGUCACAUAAUAAUAAUAACAAUAAUAAUAAUAGUAGUGGUAGUAGUAAUACAAUUUUGUGGAUAUGAUGAAAGUGUUUUUAUGACAUCUUUAUUUUGUGUUUCCAUUUAAUAAAAUGCAUGAUCAACACAAGUCACAGCAUUAUAUAGCAUCAUGAAAACCUCUCCCAUACCAGCACACUAGGGCAAUCAUUUACUGAGGUAUGUAGUUUGCGAAGAGAAAUCUUUAAGUCUCUAACAGUCUUUCCAUUUACUUGUGGCUUAUUGGCAGUGAUGACAAGUGUGAUGUUUUAUUUUAUUCUAGUUGAGUUACAUUUGCAUUCCUGUGCAUGGACGUGUUUGUAUAAUAUACAGAUGCAUACUGAGUUCAUUGUGUUAAAUUCAAAUUCAGAACUGGAGCAAUUUGCAGUAUUCAGAAAUAUGCAGGAUUCCAUCAAUGAAGUUGAACAAAAGGUUUGAAUAUGAAGUCAUUUUGUGAUUAAUUUGGCUUUUAUCAGACAUAAGUCAAUUAGAAAUAUCACAUCAGUAUUUUCUGACAGUGUUGACAGUACAGUUUUGAAGUAUAUUGAAGGAUUAUCACUUAACCUUAGCUAAAAACACAUUUAGAUGAAAUACUGUUUUCUGAACAACAGUAUGGACUCUUGCUGCUGACAUAAAAUGUUAUUGUUUGUUUGUUUGUCUUAACCAAUGAGUUUAGUACAUUCGGACUGAAGUACAAUAAUGUACCCAAAGUCAUUGAUUUAACAAUAGUUGUAUUCAUUGGUACACAUUGGCACACCUUGACAAAAAGGUAGUCAUUGUUGGUUGGUUUAACUAUACCUACUUAUUUUUUUAUACAUUAUCACAUCAUGAAAGACAGAUUUUGAUCUCUUUUCAUUUGACGGUUUUGUUCUGAUUUACAUAUUUCUUUCUAACUUUAUGGAUUGUCUUUUGGAGAUCUAUCUUCUUGGUGCUCGAUCACUCUGUGUUUAGUCUUCUUGUAUGGUUCUCUAUCAACCCUACACACACACACACACACACACACACACACACACACACACACACACACACACACACACACACACACACACACACAUACACACACACACACACACACACACACCAUUUCAAUGUCAACAGCACAUGACUGAUAUAAGGAGCUUAUAACUUGUGAGUUUCAUUAUACUACAUUUAUGCUAUGAAAUGUAUGACUAUGGAAGUUAAUAAGCAAUUCUUUCAUUAUAUUGUACUUUACUAAUGCACAAGUUUCAGUAUUUUCAUUCACAAUGUGUUAUUUCCAACUAGGAUGUGGUGAUCAAUCAUAUUUGUUUCCUUUUUCAUUCUCAUUUAGUAUUGGACAUACUGUAUGCAGCAAUGUGCCUACCUUAAAAGUAAUUUAGUAUUGGACAUACUGUAUGCUGCAAUGUGCCUACCUUAAAGGUAAUUUAGUAUUGGACAUACUGUAUGCAGCAAUGUGCCUACCUUAAAGGUAAUUUAGUAUUGGACGUACUGUAUGCAGCAAUGUGCCUACCUUAAAGGUAAUUUAGUAUUGGACAUAAUGUAUGCAGCAAUGUGCCUUCCUUAAAGUGCAAUUCCAGUGCUUUUCAACCUAAUUUUCAUUAUCUCCAGCACAAUGCCAGUGUCUACAUAUGUGAAAACAGCGCAUUUCUACAUUUUGUAGAAAAAAAUAUAAAGUAAAAACGUUCUACCCUAUGACACAUUUAAAAAGAAUGAUAUUCAAACACUAUGAGAUUUGCUGUGGUGUAGGGAGCAAGAAAAUACCCUUUCUGGCUACGAAUUCAUUGCAGGUUUUGAAAAUCACAUAUUUCUUUACUUUUAAUCCUACCCUGAUAUAUCACAGAGCACCUUUCUUCUCAUCUUUCUUCUUUCACCUUUCUUCUUUUAAGCGCCUUUCCUCUCAUCUUUGUAAUCCUUAAGAGUAAAAAAAAAAGAAAGAUAUAUCUAGCUUAAACCGAUGGAUUUUGACUCCAGGGAGUCUUUGUAACCACAUAUCAUAGAAACACACUGUUUUCACAUAUGUAGACACUGAUAUGGUACUGGAGAUAAUGAAUAAGGUUGAAAUGUGGUGGAAUUGCCCUUUAACAAACUGAUGUUUCUCUGCAAUAUUACAUGUGUUUAUUUCUUUGGCAGAUAUCAUCAGUUUUUAUUUUUUUAAGGAAUAUUUGCCAUCCAUUAUUGACACAAUGUCUGAGAACAGUUUGGUGUGUUUCAUAAAAAUAAUUAGAUGAAUUAGAGUUUGUUAAUUUGGUUGUGUAUUUGGUUGUAAAAGAAUUAAGCUAUUUUUGUAACUGCUAUCGUUAUCUCUGUAUUAUGCCAAAUCUGGUCAAUUCAACAUGUAGACUGAAAUAAACUCCCUAAAAUAUACUGUUA